AUGUCGUUGGUUCAUACAAUUUUGGUUUUAUUUGCAGUGAUUUUAAUUGUGCAGAUUGCCCGAUCACACUUCAUUGGAGGCUUCGGAUACCCAAGCUUCUACCCUGGCUUUUACCAUUAUCCACGAUUCGGUUUCGGAGGUGGUUUCGGAGCUUACGGAGGAUACUACGGCAGAGGGUUCCAUGGCCCUCGGCGUUUGCCACCGCCUAUAAUGUGGGGAUAA